AUGCGCGAGUGUAUAUCUACGACUGGGUGCCUCCUCCUCCCGAUGCUCCUCCUCCUCCUCUGUGUCCUUCCUGACCUGCGAAUGGUGCUGAUGGUGCGAGGAGCGCCAGUCGUCGUCGUUUGCGAGCAGCGAUUUCAUGCCGGGCAAACGUCGAAGUGCGCGUACACCGGGGUGACGAGUGCAGGGGCGGAAAUUCGAUUCAUAAACGAUGAGGAAGACGACGAGACGGUAAAGGCGACACCGGUCAAAGUGGUGGAAAACGGCGUUGGCGUGGUGGAAGUAGAAGUGCCGUUGCUGGCGCAGGAGUACGUUUUGGGGAUGUACGACGGGAAAGCGAAGACGUACAAAUCUAAGACGAAAGUGACGGUGGUUUCAGACGAGGAUGGAGAGAGUCUAGACGAUGUCGCUUCGACGAGGAGUUUGGUACGAGUGGAAACGGAUAAACCGUUGUACGCGCCGGGGCAGAAAAUCAAAAUCCGAACGCUCGUCGCCGAUAUCGAGAAUACGGCGUUGAUUAAACAAAAAGAUGGAGCGACGGUGGCGAGUGUCGAGGUGAAGGACGCGCUGGAGAGAACGAUUUUUAAGAAAGCGGACUGCGCAGUGGAUGUUUUUGGCGUGGCAACGGCAGAGGUGGCGAUAGCGAAAGAGCAACCGCCGUUCGGUUGGUGGACCGUGAAAGCGGAAGUGGAAAUAGACGACGACGGGUCGAAAGUUGUAGGCGAGACUGGAUUUAACGUGGAAGAGUACGUGUUACCGUCGUUUGACGUUACUUUCGACGCGUCGAGCAUGCCUUUGUACGUGUUAGCGUCGAAAAGCGCGAAUGAGUUCUCCGGAAAGGUAGAAAGCGCAUACACCUACGGGAAAGCGGUGGAAGGAAAAGCGAAAGUUAUCAUCAAAAGGCCGAGCACUUCGAAUUAUUACUACGGUGGCGCAGUUGGUGGUGAUGUUGGUGGUGGUGAUUUUGUGGCAGUCGAAGAACCCGCGUUUAAGCCGCCGGAUGAAUGGGAUUCGAGCGGUAGUAGCAGCGGUAGCAGUGGUUAUCCGAAUGAAGUUUCAGACAUUCUGUACGAGUCGAGCUGGAUGACUUUAUACGAGGGAUCUGCAACUUUUGUGGCGUCAAUUUCAAAAUCAAUGCUAGAUCAGCAAUGGUCGCGAAAUUUGGAAGCAUACGCUAUGGUUGAAGAAGCAGCCACGAGAGAGAUUCGAAACUCGACGGUAUUGAUUGUCCCAAUCGUCCGCGAGGCGUUUACGCAACAAACGUCGAUGAUUUACCAGUCGCCAGCUUUAAAACCAGGGUUACCGAUGAAGCACACGAUUCAACUCGCUUCGGAUAUCCCUGGUGCGUUCAGUGAUACAGAAGAUCUUGGAACCUUGGACUUUACGCUGAAUAUAAACAAAAUGAAUUCGUACUCGUAUUCUGGUGAUUCGAACGCGCAAACAAUUUCCACGCGAGUCUCUUCCUCCGGCGCUCUCGAUAUCGAAUUCGACGCCCCCGCGAACGAUCUCUCGUGUUGUGCAUCUUACGAGGACGAAACAAACUACUUUUAUGGAUCCUCGCAAAAGUGUUGUUUGCAAGGGGCGAACGUGCAGCUGGUCAAGAACGCGGCGUCGAGAGAUGUCGUGAAGAAGAUACUCGCAUCCGCGAGCGACGAUAUGUCUACGACGGAACUCGACGCGCUCGUGCCUUACUUAUCGGUGUACUUUGCGAGAGAUACUUCCAGUGCGAAGGCUUCGGUUGAAGUCGUUGUUAUCAAUACGAGCUGUGAGAGCGCUGAGGCGUGUCAGUUCACGCUCGCGUCUUCGAGAAGUGAUGUCGCAUUCGCGUACGCCGUCGUCGACUCGGAAGGCCUAGGACGCGGUGUUUUAGAAGCGGGCACAACUACUCUCUCUUCCACUGAAACCGAAAAAACAGUGACAAUGACGUAUGGCAACAUCGCAUCCACUUUGAGCGCGGCUGUUUCAAUCGCCGUAUGGUCACUGAGCGGAAGCGUGUAUAGUGAAACGUAUCUCGCCGGGACAACUUCGGAUGUUUUCUUGGUCCCCGGAACGAGCGUCUCCGUGGAAAGCGAAAGCGAAAUCGCGUUUCCGUAUGACAUCACCAUGAACACUAACGUUUCGGAAACGAACGUCGUUGCAACGGGCACAGACAUUACAUUCACUAUUAUCGGCGCGCCUGAUGGCGCGCGCUCGUACAUUCUCGCCAUCGACGAAGCUGUCGUGAUACAAAGCGGCGGGAACACGUCUGCUUUAAAAGCGACGACGUUUUUGUCAAGCGUGUACGAUGCUAAAACGAACACUUUGGAUGCGAGCUCGAAUACGUGGCCAUGUGAUGCAACGUAUAACGAUAACGAUAUCAAACUUGAUCGCGUAACGAUUAUAUCCACUGCUGAGAUUGCGAGUUAUUGUGACCCGUCGUCGUCGAGUAACGGAGGAUUUGGAGUCGGAAUGCCGGAAAUUGCGUUUGGUGCCGAUAUAGCCAUGGACGACGGUGCCGCUGGUCAGGAAAGUACAACCAACAAAGCGGCAACAGAUGUGGAUUCAGCUUCAUCCUCGCCUACGGUGCGCACACUUUUCCCGGAAACUUGGCUUUGGGAAUCGUCUGAUUCAGGUUCGUUCGAAUCAACCGCGCCUGAUUCGAUUACAACGUGGAGCAUAACCGCGUUUACCUCGCACCCGACGCAGGGUAUUUCCAUUUUGAAAACCGCCUCGAAAAUGACAGUGUUUCGCGAAUUUUUCAUCUCGCCGAAAAUGCCGUACUCCAUCUCGCGAGGUGAAACCGUCGAGAUUGUUCUCGCAGUUUUUAAUUACUUGAAAGACCAAGAUAUGUCGGUAUCAGUUUCCGCCGAAGACGUGACAUCGGGUGAGGCUGUACAAAUUGGCGAUUCGAAAACGAUCAACGUUUCAAAGAACAGCGCCGACUCUAUAUCUUUCGAAAUUUCUCCCACGGUACUCGGAAGUAUCAAACUCCAAUUUUCCGCUAUAGGAACCACGACGACGAGCACAGAUUCAGAAUCAAAAGAAUAUACAGAUGCGGUCGAGAAGAGUAUUGUCGUGAACCCGGAAGGAGUGUUCAAAACGACGACUGUUUCGAAAGUUUUUCGUCGAAGUGCGGAAGAUGCGUCGGAAACAUUUACUUUGAACGCAUUUCCGAAUGGUUUGAGUGCAAACGCGAUUGUAGAUACGUAUUCGAGUUUCAUUACCGUCGUUGGUGAUAUCAUGGGUCCAUCGAUUCAAAACAUCAACAAGUUUGUCCAGAUUCCCAUGGGCUGUGGUGAACAGAAUCUCUUGUUACUGGCACCAAAUGUGUACAUAGCCGAGUACUUGAACUCUGCGAAUAAACUCACAAGCGCUUUAAAAACGGAGCUUUCAAAUAACGUCAUCAUGGGAUAUUCUCGAGAGUUGACGUAUUUUCACCCAUCCGGCGGUGUUUCUGCGUUUGGACCACAAAGCGACAAGUCCGCAUCGUUGUGGCUCACGGUGUUUUGUUCCAAGGUUUUUGCGUCUGCGAAACGCUCGAGCGAAAGUAAAAUUUUAGAUGGUGUUUCAAUCGACGCGACUGUUUUGAAAGGCGCUGUUGACUUUAUAAUAUCUACUCAAGGCACGAACGGUGCGUUUUCAGAGCCCGGAGUCGUUUUACACUCCGAAAUGCAAUCGCAAUCGGGAGAUAAAUUCGUUUUAUCCUCGUAUGCCGCUUUGAGUUUGAUUGAAACGGUUGCAUCGAUUGACAACCCUUCGACGAAAACGAGCGCGCAAAAUUCGAUUUCAAGCGCGUUAGAGUACGUUGCUUCUUCCUUGGAUUCAGUUAAAUCCGCCGCGAUCGCGAAGGAACCGAGCGCUGUGUAUUCUGUAAUAGUCUCCACGUACGCCUUCGCCUCUGCGUGCGCUUCGUUAUCGACGCACUGCGAUUUGGCGAAUUCUUGGAUAACGGGCGUUCUCGAGCUAAUUGGAACAAGUGAAGUGGACGGCGCUACAUCUUACGGCGGUGUCGGUGCCAGUAACUCUUUAAGGAUUGAAUCCACGGCGUAUGUCGUUUUAAUCUACGCUAAAAUGAGCGAUUCCGGGAAUAACUUUUGUUACUCCGCGUUGAAAUUUCUUUUACAAAAUAGAAACGAGUUUGGAGGGUACGGGUCAACUCAGGACACCGUGGUUGCUUUAGAAGCACUGUCGACGUAUGCAAAGCUUACGAGAGAAGCGAGUAGUUCUGGGUUGCUCGUGUUGUCCUUUCCAAACGAGGUUGGCGCUCCUUCGUUCACAGUGGACGAGUCGAGUUUCGAUACAUUCAACACCGCGCAAAUCGCACAAAGAGGUACGGAAACGUUUACAAAUCCGAGCGUUUCGGGUGAUGUUUCAGGCUCGGGAGUUGCGGUUGUUUCGUAUACCGUUCGGUGGUACGAAACCGUGGAUUUGACGGAGGAUACCUCGGAUGGAUUAUUCACGAUAGAUGUGACGACACGCGUUGUCACGACGAAAAUUUCAUCUACGAAUAGAAAAAAACGAAGAAGACUUUUAACGCCGAAUUACUCACCAACAUCGACGAGCAGUGUGGAAGAUGCUGAGAUGUUGCAAAUGAAAGUUUGCGUGAAGAAGACGGAAAUAACGAAUGGAGCGGAUGGUAUGGCACUUUUGCGUGUCCCGAUGUUUUCCGGUUUCCAACCGGUCGAGUCGUCCAUCGCCAACUUAGAUCCGGAAAGAAAAUACAUCAAACGCGUGGAGGUGGAUCCAAUUACGAGCACUCUUUCUUUAUACAUAGAGAACUUUCCAUUGAAUUCGAACGAUAAACUUUGCGCCACAUUCGAUGCUCGAAGAGUCGCGGAGGUGAAAAAUGCGCAAGACGUUCCAGGAGCGCAAAUUUCCAUGUACUACCAGCAAGACAAAUAUCGAAACGCCGUGAUGAAAUCGACCGAUUUAGAAGUUGGUCGAUUCCCGGAGGACGAUGGGGGUGGCGGUGUCAAGGUUGAACCAGACUCUGCGUUUGGAUUUCGAGUCACUUUCAUUUUAGCGUCUGUCAUCGCUUUAGCUCUUUUCGCGAUGGAUUAA